CUUCUUAAUAAAAUAUAUUACUUGAGCAAUUGAGCAAUUUGUAUUGCAUGAUAUGAGAUAAGAAAAACAUUAAUAGUUUGGUUUGUAAUUUUGUUACUUUUAGAGUUCUGUCAAUAUCGAAGACGGCACUGUAAAUAUUACUCCUCAAACACCUGUGAUUAUUGUCCCUUCAGCUUCGGCUUUUCAACCAGAAACACCAUUAUAUCCAAAUAAUUGCAUGUUAAUAAAGACACAGUAUGAGGUCGCAAAGAAGGCAGCUAAGACUGGUGAAUUGGGGGAUUCCCAAUUUACAAAAAACUUGGCUGAUAUUCUUUGGAAGCGUGAAGUGUUGGCACUUCGAUCAGUCACUGGUGCACGUCCACGCAAGAAGGAAGAAGCUGGAGCAGAAGACAAGGAAGAGGAUGCAAGACCAGCUUGCACACCGGAGAAAAGAGCUUGCAUAAAACAGCUUUUUAAUUUUCGUAUGGAUGAAGAGGAAGUAGAACUGAAGAGAACCUUGAUGAAGGAGAAUCGCCUUACUCGAGCUUCAAAGAUAAAUAAAUAUCUUAAAGCUAAAAUCGGAACUGUAAGGUCACAGUUAGGCCUCAAAUAAAAACUGCAUUGUGCUUAAUACUUUUAAAAAGUCAAGUAAGCAAUUGUACUUCUAAUUAUCUCAAAUAAAAGUAGAUUUUAAAUCGAUAUAAUUAUCAAACAAUCAGUAUAUACAUACACUCCGGCAUAGAAUACUAAUGCGGUAAAAUAAUUAUAUUAAGCUUAAUGCAAUUAUUUGUUUAUAUUCGUACUAUGUGUAUUUUGUAUUUAUUCUGAUUGACCUUCCUCAUGUAGACAUCAUCUGAUUCUAAAAUAGAAAGGACAUGUUACUUAGGUACAUAUCUUCAUGUCCUUAGCAGGUUGUAUACCUUCCACUUUAGGAUUAUAUGUCCUUUAAUCCUGAGGUCAUGUGGCCUAGGGAUAUGUUCUUAUGUCCUUAAGUCGUAUAUUCUUGCACCUAAGGUCAUAUGUCCUUCCAACGUAAGGCUAUCUAACAGGUCAUAUUUUAAGAGCAGAUGUCCUAAGGUUGUCCAUUUCUGACCUUGGGACA